CAGGCCCAGGUGCGUGCAGCCGAACGCGACCAACCAUCCACCAGUUCUCUCAAGCACGUUUGGUGAAACAUUUGAAACUUGAAAACUUCGCUUCGAGGCGUCUAUAUCUCACCGACUUCUCUCUUUACCUUUGUCCGAAGCUCUCCUUCUCUGUUCGGGAUCCCCUCUCUCCUUCGGUCCCCUCCGCCGGAUCACGCUCGUGCUCGUGAAAUGGAUGCCCUAAGGAAGCAGGCAACCAGGUUUAGGGAGCAGGUCGCCAGGCAGCAGCAGGCUGUUCUCAAGCAAUUUGGAGGUGGUGGAUAUGGAGGUUCAGAAAAUGUAUUAAUGGAUGAGUUGGAACUUCAACAGCAUCAAAGACUAGAGAAGCUUUACAUAUCUACACGUUCGGGCAAGCAUUUUCAAAGAGAUAUUGUUCGCGGUGUGGAAGGCUAUGUUGUUACUGGAUCCAAACAAGUUGAAAUAGGUAAUUUUGCAAAUUUUAUUGUUUCUUUCCACUUGAAAAAUUUAUCAUCUGCUAACUUAAAAAUAUAUUUCACAGGUACUAAAUUGUCAGAAGAUAGUAAAAGAUAUGGUGUGGAAAACAGCUGCACAAUUGGCAGUACAUUAUCAAAAGCUGCAUUAGGUUUUGGAAGAGCUCGUGCUCAAAUAGAACAAGAGCGCGGGAAUCUCUUAAAAGCCCUUGGCACCCAGGUUGCAGAGCCAUUAAGAGCAAUGGUAGUGGGUGCCCCACUGGGGGAUGCUCGAGAACUUGCUCAGCGCUAUGAGAGAAUGAGACAAGAAGCAGAGGCUCAGGCCAUCGAAGUUUCAAAGCGCCAAAUAAAAGUUUCAGAAGCUCCUGGCAAUGUAGAUAAUAACUUAAAGAUGGAGGUUGCUGAAGCCAAGCUGCAGCAGCUGAAGUCAAACAUGACAGUACUGGGUAAGGAAGCUGUUGCAGCAAUGACUGCUGUUGAAGCUCAACAACAAAGAUUAACUUUACAGCGUCUUAUUUCCAUGGUUGAAUUAGAGCGCACCUACCAUCAGAGAAUCUUACAGAUUCUUGAUCAACUUGAAGGAGAGAUGGUAUCUCAGCACCGAAGAUUUGAAGCAUCUUCAAGCCCAGUUGUGGAAGACCCCAUGCCACCACCUCCAUCAUAUGAACAAUCUAAUGGCAUAUUUUCUUCUGAAAGGGUUGAUGGAUCAACUGCUUCUAUGACGUACUUUUUGGGGGAGGUUAUGCAUUCAUAUCAGGCAGAGUCAGAUAUUGAGUUGAACUUGUCAGUUGGUGACUAUGUUGUUGUGAGAAAGGUGUCCAAUAAUGGUUGGGCAGAAGGUGAAUGCAAGGGGAAAGCUGGAUGGUUCCCAUAUGGAUACAUUGAAAGACGGGAACGUGUUCUUGCAAGCAAAAUUGCUGAAGUCUAUUAAUAUUUUUUACUUGUGUCACGGCAAAACUCUAAACGAAAACAUGUAUUGAUUGGUUUGGACCUGACAAGAAUCAUAUAUGAAGAAUCAGAAUUUAUGUAUGAAAAUCCAUGUCUAUAUGCAUGGCUCUUUUUUUUCCUUUCUGUGCUUAAUUUUGUUCUUGAUCUCGAGUUUCAUCUCUAUUAACCCAAUUUGUUAACUGAUGAAG